AUGUCUGCUGUUCAGCUCAAGUUCUCGCUGCGCACCUCUUCCAAUGUCAAGACCGUCCACCUGGUCGGCUCCUGGGACAACUACUCUCGUCAGAUCCCCCUUUCCCGGGAUGAUGUCAAGCCUGGCGCAUGGACUGGCAAGUUCCGCUUCCAGACCUCCAUGCUGAAGCUGGGUGGCCGCUACUGGUACUACUACAUCAUGGAUGGUUACCAUGUCUCUCAUGACCCCGCUGUUGAGUACACGGUCGAGCCCACCACCGGCCGCAAGUUGAACAUCCUCGAUGUUCCCGGUGGCAAGAAGUCUUCCCAGCCCGCCCCCAAGCACCACCGGGGCUCCACAGACUUCGUCAAGGGUCGUGCUCCUUCUCCGUCCAAGAUCCACCACCCCAAGCCGUCCAAGCCCUAUGCUUCCCGUCAAAUCCGCGAGACGGACUUUGCUCCCACCAUGGAAGACCUCACCAUGCGGUUUGCCGACUCCCGUCUGUCGGACGAGUACUCGCUCUCCAACAGCCCGCCCAGCUCGGUUGGUUCAUCCCUGUCGUCUCGCUCAUCUGGCAGCACUUCCCCGUCUUCCCUGUCGUCCAUGAGUGACCCACCCACCCCGAUCUGCCACUGCGAGCGCUAUGGAAUUACUCGCAAGGGCGACCGGGUCAAGCUCGACUGUGGCGGCAGCCGAUGCGGCUAUGUUACCGAGUCGUCUGAGGCUAGCUGCUCCGAGUCCGACAGUGAUGAGGAGUACCGCCGUGCCCGCAGCGGUGUCCGUCGUCAAGGCAUUGUGGUGCGCAGGUAA